GCGGGAUCAGCGCUGAGCCGGGCGAACCCUAGUCGUACUUUGUUUUCUCUUGUUGCCUCACUACCGGUCCCCGCCCUCCAGCGGCGUGGGAAAGCCGCGCGUGAACCGCGGCCCCGCCCACCCGUGAGAACCUCGGGGGAAAGGAAGUGCGUGUCUGCCAGAGUUCCUGGUUCAGAGCGGGAGGCCGAUUAAACCGUCGAACGGUUUUGUCGUUCCCGACUGCCUUCCUUUUUCCCCCGCACCCAGGCAGAGCAUGGGCUCAGAAGGCAGGGAUUCGCCUCGUCCUGAGCCUGCAGCUGGGGCUGGCUGUCAACUUGGGCCGAGGCAGCCCGGGCUGGAGGGGGCUUCGCGGCGAAGCCGGCGCCUGAUGUCUCAGUUCGCCAUGCCCUCCACAUCUGACGUGUUGAGUCAAGAUGAACUGCGAAAAAAGCUAUACCAGACGUUUAAGGAUCGGGGUAUACUGGACACACUCAAGACACAACUCCGGAAGCAGCUGAUUCACGAAUUGAUGCACCCUGUCGUGAACGGAGAGGUGCAGCCCCAGUCCGUUCCAGUGGAAGGGAGUGCCCUCCUGAUAGGCACCUCUAACUCUCUGGUGGCAGAUCACUUGAAGAGAUGUGGCUAUGAGUAUUCGCUUUCUGUUUUCUUUCCGGAAACUGGUGUGGCCAAAGAAAAGGUAUUUACUAUGCAAGAUCUAUUAGAACUGCUCAAAAUCAACCCUGAAUCCGGUCUCUACAAAUCACUGAUGUCAGGAUUUGAUAACAAAAACAAAAAAGGUUUUCUCAUGGAGUUUUUAAAAGAAGUGGCAGAGUAUCAUCAGUCCAGAGCGAGCUGUGAUGUGGGAACUCAGACAAGUUCCACAUUGCCUGGCCAAGACUCACUUGUGGAGAAGCUUCAGCUUAUUGAUGAUCAGUUUGCAGGUGCUUACCCUCAGCGUCCAAAGUUAGAAUCCUUAGAAGUAAAGUUAAAUGAAUAUAAAAGAGAAAUAGAACAGCAGCUUCGGGCAGAAAUGUGUCAAAAGUUAAAGUAUCUUAAAGAUACUGAAGUAGCAAAAGUUAAGAUGGAAGAGAAAAGAAGGUCUGAGAGGGAAUUGGCUGAGUUCCGGAACGAAUUGGAGAGAGCUUGUCGAGCAAAAUCUGACGCCCUUAUUUCUCGGGAGAAGUUGGCUUUUGAGAGAAUUCAGAAGCACCAAGAGAUUGAAACCAAGGAGAUUUAUGCUCAGAGACAACUUCUCCUCAAAGAUAUAGACAUGCUAAGAGGCAGAGAAGCAGAGCUGAAGCAAAGAAUGGAAGCUUUUGAAUUGGCUCAGCGGCUACAAGAAGAAAAAAAUAAAAGAGCAACCAAUGCACUUAGGAAACGGGAGCUGAAUGUCCAGAAUAUUGAGGAGACCUAUGACCAGAAGCUCAAGAAUGAGCUGCUCAAGUAUCAACUUGAACUCCAGGACAACUAUAUCGCUAGAACUCACAGGCUGAUAGAAGAUGAAAGGAAGAAUAAAGAAAAAGCUAUACAUUUGCAAGAGGAGCUCACAGCUAUUAAUGCGAAAAAGGAAGAAUUUGGUCAUUCUGUAAAACGUGUCAAAGAGCUCGAGCUUGAGUUAGAGUCGGUCAGAACCCAGUCUUUGGCGAUAAGCAAGCAAAACCACCUGCUGAGAGAAAAGGUGAAAGAAAUGAGUGACUAUUCGCUACUGAAACAAGGGAAACGGGAGCUUCAGGCGCAAAAUAAGCUACUUAAACAACAGCUGGAAGAGACCAGAAGUGAGAACUUGCGUCUUCUAAACCACCUGGCUCAGCCUUCUCCAGAGCUGGUGGCUUUUCAGAAAGAACUAAAGAAAGCAGACAACGCUAUCGUGUGUGAGCAUAAGGAGUUCGAGAUCCACAGGCAGAACCUGCAGAAGCAGCUGCAAAGUGAAAUUGAACGUUCUGCACAGCUGAAGGCCCAGAUCCUCGAUUACGAAGAUUCCGUAAAGAGGUUAAGGAGACAGGUGGCCGAUUUGAAAUUGCAACUGACACAAACCCAGACGGCCCUAGAGAACGAGGUGUACCGCAACCCAAAGAAUUCUCUGCUCGAUCGGCCCAUCAGCGGAUUAAUGGGUGGCAACGUGGUGGUACCUCACAAUGGUGACCUGAACGGGGAUUUCUUGAAAGAUGCUUUCGGACUGGAAAGGCUGAUGGCAGACAUGCUUCUGUCAAGGAUCGCAAGUGACCCAAGUGCAAGCACCGGGAGUAGUUCCCCUGAUUCUGACCUGGAGUUUGUAGCCAAGACCAAGGCAAGGGUGAAAGAGCUAGAGCAAGAGGCCGAACGUUUGGAGAAAGCUUUCCAAACUUACCAUCCAAGAGUUCAUCCACGCCCCACGGGAAGGUCUUCAGCCAAGAGCCCGCCACCCCUGCUUGUGACAGGAACGCUCAAAAAGGCCACUUCCGGUUUCCCUGGAAGCCGUACUUCCGCAGAGGACGCGGCUGCCCCUGAGCAGCCUCUGGCAGGCACACCCGAGGAGGACAGGAGCAGCGCUUCGGCUUCUGAGGCGCGGCCGUGCGAGGGCACGCCCUCCAGACGCCUCUCCUCCACUCCCCUGCCCAAGGCCAAAAGGAGCCUCCUUGCUAAAGUGUAUCUGGAAGGUGGGGACAGAUCCGGUGCUGCUGGCUGCAGUCCUGGUCCUGAGACAACGCCCCAGCCAUCACCCUCUGAGUCCGGGCACAGCCCUUCCCUCCACCUGCUGCCCAGCCCUCCGGAGCAGGCCAGUCUUCAUCAAAGACAGACAGAACUUGAAGAACAAGGAGAACUUUCAGAUCCAGACAAGCUACCUUUUAAGGACAAUGAGGAAUUUGGAUCAUCUUCUGAAUAUGCAGGGAGCACACCGAGGCAGUUUGAGGUGGACAGCCUCCAUCCUGCUGGCGACGUGCCUCAUGUGGGUGCUGCCGCCGCCACGGUGUCUGCCGGACCUCUCCCUUGUUGCCACCCUGGGAAGCUGAUGACAUUGGAGGAGAACUGGGUGUCAGACUUGUCUGGCCUGGCCCUCCUGGUCUUUCCUCUUCCCUUCUCCAGACUGCCUGCUUCCCUCCUCAGUGGAGACAUUUGAGCUCUGCCCCAGGGCUCAGCCAACAGGCGUGUCCUUUUCUCCUUGAACCAGAGUGUUUUAGCCUCAGAGGUGAAAGGAAAUGCCUCAAGUAAAACCACCUGUAGGUCCUUCCCAAACAUCGGCAGAGCAUCAUCCCUAAAACCCAUGGGAUGCUUCUUGAAACCGGUUUGUUGGUUUCAGGCGCAGUUGGGAAUAUGAGGAGUCACUGAAAGGAGCAAGAGGGUUGAUUUUUGCUGAUUCCAGAGCAAGUCAUUUCUGGAAAGUGCUCACUCAGACUCCAUCAAGAGCCUUUUGCAUAUUGGAUGCUUUUCUGGAAGCUGCCCCUGCUUCAUGCAGCUUCUAGCAGGACAGUCAGCAGGCCAUGGCUGAUGGCAUCCGAUAGGACACCUGAUGGGGGCAGUGGUGCCCUAGAGCAGCUCUGAUGGGCAGACACUGGAGUGAAUAGGGAAUAGAAAUAAUGCAAUAGAAUAAAGGACACGAACUGAGUUGACAGGCCUUCUGUUUCUGACAAGUACAGUACAUUAUAAUAAACGGCUUCUUAAGUUACUAUUAAACGGUGGGGUUACAUUCUGAUCGUUGAGGAACUCUCAGAUCUGUUGUUUCACGUCUUCGUCUGGGCGCCAAGGGAGGUAAAGCCUAAAACUUGCUAUCUUUGUGCCAGUGGAAACCGUGCUUUUCUUCGCUCUUCCAUCCAAAGAGGUUUCCCUCUGCCACUCUGGAGCCACCAAGUACACCUCGCAGCGAAGGAGCCCUUUCCUCAUUGUCUCUUGAAAUCUUCCCCCAAACGGCAUCCUCGCCCUGAGGUUGCCGCUCCGUACGAGUGACGUGCCUCCAGCGAGGAGGCUGCGUUUCUGCCUGUGCAAGUGGCCAGCGGCCGCCUCUAGGGUUUGAAUUUCAUGACCAGGAUCCAGUGGAGACUGCUGCUGCUCUCCUGUGGGAGAUGCUAACUUUUGGUUGGUGACUAGAGCACAGCCAUGAGGCUGGAAGUCCCGUCGGAAUCUGUGCUUGUCUGUGUGUUAGCCUUGCUGGGAAAGCUGAGGUUCUGGACCAGAGCUGGAGGAGAGAGGUCAGCGUAGUCCUCUGUGGAACUGAGAUCAAGUUAAACACGUGAGGCGUGGGGACGUGUGUUGUUAGCCUAGAGAACAGGCGAUUCAAACCCGGACCUUGGCCGGAAGGGACAGAAGUAGGGAGACGGGUGCUUAUGGGUUUUGACAAGUCAGGUACAAGGUACUGUGUGAAUAUGGUGCUGAAGUGGCCACUUGUCACUGUAGGAAUGAGGAGCUCACAGAAGAUGUGGCAUUCAGGUGAGGGCUGGCAUCCUGGGUGGGGCUUGGGGGAAGGGAGCACAUCUGCUUGAGGAGGACGUGAGAGCGGGUAGCAGGGCAGACGGCGCUGUACUCGGGCACCUGUGUGCGUGUCAGCGCCUAGACGGGAGGUUUCGGACGUGAACGUUCAGGUGAUCCAGGAGGUCAGGCAGGAAGGGAAAAGGCAGUUGGGCACUCGACCGCCACGGGUUUGGAUUCCACCGGAGCGGAGCGUGUGCACAGCACAUCCGGAAGUGACUGGUGCUCACACAGGUGAAGGCGGGCUGCCUGGAGAGACCUUGGUCACGGAGACCCUUGGCCAAGUGAUUUCGGGCACCCGGGUGAACAGUGAUGAGGACCUGAACUGCAGCAGGAGGAGGAAGAGGAAAGUGUAAGCCCUGGUGACCGAGUGGAUGUGGUGUGGCAAGAGCAUGACUCCAGGGACAAGGAUGAGGAGUUCAGCUAGGAAGCCAGGGCUGCAGGAUCUCCUGUGUCGAUGGCAGGGAGCCCGGUAGAAACAUGGGUGUGAGCAAACACGGAGAGAGGUCAGGACCGGAGAGGGAGGUGUGGGAAAGGUGGGGGAUC